AUGAGUACUGAUUUCGAUCGGAUAUACCUGAAUCAAUCAAAGUCUAACGGACGUUUUCGCAUUGCUGAUUCCGGUCUUGGUUGGAAAGUGUCUAGCAGCGGAGGAUCGUCCGCCAAUCAGCAAAAAGCACCUUUACUUCUCCCUGCCACAGAAUUAGUAUCUGUGCAAUGGAGCAGAGGAUGUCGCGGGUAUGAAUUGAAAAUCAAUACAAAAAAUCAGGGCGUUAUUCAAUUAGAUGGCUUUACUCAGGAAGACUACAACCUAAUUAAGAAUGACUUCCAAAGGAGAUUCUCAGUCCAAGUUGAGCAAAAAGAACACUCUAUGCGUGGCUGGAACUGGGGUAAAGCAGAUAUGGCUAGAAAUGAAAUGGUCUUCUCUCUGAACGGUAAGCCUACCUUUGAGAUUCCGUAUGCUCAUAUAAGCAAUACUAAUUUGACCUCUAAGACAGAAGUAGCGAUUGAGUUUGAUUUACAGGAGGAUAACUAUGAACCAGCUGGUGAUGAAAUGGUAGAAAUGAGAUUCUACGUGCCAGGGACAACCAUCGAGAAUGAGGAUGAAGACGCCGAAAAGGGCGAAGCUGGAGAAACGGGAGACUCUGAAACAGCAGCAAAGGGAGGAAAAACUGUUGCUGAGGCCUUUUAUGAGGAAUUAAAAGAAAAGGCUGAUAUUGGUGAAGUUUCUGGUGAUGCUAUAGUCUCUUUUCAAGAUGUAUUUUUCACCACUCCAAGAGGACGUUACGAUAUUGAUAUCUACAAAAAUUCCAUUAGGCUUCGGGGUAAAACAUACGAGUAUAAAUUGCAACACCGUCAAAUACAAAGAAUUUUCUCUUUGCCGAAAGCGGAUGAUAUUCAUCACUUGAUGGUGUUGUCGAUAGAACCUCCGUUGCGCCAGGGUCAAACAUCUUAUCCAUUCUUGGUUAUUCAGUUUCAAAAGGAUGAGGAAACCGAAGUACAACUCAAUGUCGAAGAUGAAGAAUUUGAAACCCUUUACAAAGACAAAUUGAUGAAGCAAUAUGAUGCUAAAACUCAUAUUGUACUAAGUCAUGUAUUGAAGGGUUUGACGGGACGCAGAGUUAUUGUCCCCGGUCAAUACAAAUCCAAGUAUGACCAAUGCGCUGUUUCAUGCUCAUUCAAGGCAAAUGAGGGCUAUCUAUAUCCUCUUGACAACGCGUUCCUUUUCUUGACGAAGCCGACCUUAUACAUGCCAUUCAGUGAUGUCAGCGCCAUCAAUAUAUCAAGAGCUGGCCAAACUACCACAUCAGCAAGAACUUUCGAUCUUGAGGUUGUAUUACGCUCGAACAGAGGCUCCACAACUUUUGCAAAUAUCUCUAAAGAAGAGCAGCAGCUUUUGGAAAAUUUCUUGAAGUCUAAAAACCUGCGAGUCAAGAAUGAAGAGAAAGAGGCUCAACAAAGACUUCAAACUGCCUUAGGAUCUGACAGUGAUGAUGAAGAUGUCAACAUGGGUUCCGCAGGAGAAGAUGAUGAAUCCGUUGAUGAAGACUUCAAAGACAGCUCUGCUGAAGAUGACGAUGAUAUAGCGGAAGAAUAUGACUCAGAUGCCAGUGUGAGUAACACUGAUGGAGAAGGGGAUGAGGACGGAAGACCCUCCAAGAAAAUGAAGGUUGAAUAG